AUGCCCAACUACGGCUCACUACACUCGCCAUCGCUCAGGAAAAUGGAACAGUCCAGAAUUCAGUACGGGCGGAAGCGCCUAAGCCUUGGGAAUAUCAUCGGUGACCCAUUUGCCUUGGCCACCAUCUCCAUUGCUUUUCUUGCCUGGAUCAUUUCCUUCUUCGGUUCCUUAUUUGCCCACAUCAAUCAGCCACCAAAUACCUCCGGAGUCAACAACUCCUUUCCCCUGUAUACGUGGUGGGCUGUUGUGUUCUACUUCUUCCUCGUCGUCGGCGUUUUCAUCGUUGUCGCUUCGGACAGCGUUCAGACCUAUCAUGUCGCCAUUGUCGGAUACCUCGGUUGCGGGCUUGUGCUGUCCACAUCAGCAGUCCAUGGCUUGAUCUACUCCAACAUUGGCUCUCGUGAGGCGGCUGCCGCCGGCAUGAUCCUGCUGGCCAUGGUCACCAUUGUCUGGAUCUUCUACUUCGGUUCGGCCCCGUCGGCAGUGCCACGCGCUUACAUUGACUCCUUUGCGCUCGCCAAGGAGUCAUCCACCAACCGACAGACGAUGAACACCGGUUACGGCAUUGGCCGCCCCGAGACAUCAACCUCGGUCCAGCCCCCACAGAUGUACACAGCUCAGCUUAACGGUCUCGAGAACCCAUCGCCUGUAGGAGGCAUGCAGUCGUCUGGCAUGCGCAACUCUGCUGUCCCCCCGCCUUUCCAGUCAACACUUGGUCAAAAGUCCAACGGCUUGCCAGGAAGCUCCGAUGGGGACAUUGCUCCUCCCACCGAAUACCCGUACCGCGCCAAGGCCAUCUACAGCUACGAGGCCAAUCCCGAGGACGCCAACGAGAUUUCAUUCCAGAAGCACGAAAUUCUCGAAGUCAGCGAUGUCAGCGGCAGGUGGUGGCAAGCGAGGAAAGAAAAUGGCGACACGGGUAUUGCGCCAAGUAACUACCUCAUUCUGUUAUAG